AUGGCAUUGGUAUCCACCGAGCUCCCAGCCAUGUCCGUGGAGCCCAAGAAGAAGAACGUCAAGUAUGCAUUCACCUGCACCAUCCUUGCAUCCAUGGCCUCCAUCGUCCUCGGCUAUGACAUUGGGGUGAUGAGCGGCGCGUCGCUGUACAUCAAGAAAGACCUGAAGAUCUCGGACGUGCAGGUGGAGAUCCUGAUGGGCAUCCUGAACAUCUACUCGCUCGCCGGCUCCUUCGCCGCCGGGAGGACGGCCGACUGGAUCGGCCGGCGGUUCACCGUCGUCUUCGCGGCCAGCUUCUUCUUCGCGGGCGCGCUGCUCAUGUGCUUCGCCGGCGACUACGCCACGCUCAUGGCCGGCCGCUUCGUGGCGGGCAUCGGCGUCGGGUACGCGCUCAUGAUCGCGCCCGUGUACACUGCCGAGAUCUCGCCGGCGACGUCACGUGGCUUCCUCACCACGUUCCCGGAGGUCUCCAUCAACCUCGGAAUUCUCCUCGGCUAUGUCUCCAACUACGCCUUCGCCCGCCUGCCGCUCUACCUCGGGUGGCGCGUCAUGCUCGGCGUUGGCGCGGCGCCGUCCGUCCUUCUCGCGCUCAUGGUGUUCGGCAUGCCGGAGUCGCCACGGUGGCUUCUCAUGAAGGGCCGUCUCGCCGACGCCAAGUCUGUACUGGAGAAGAUCGCUGACACGCCCCAGGAGGCGUCGGAGCGCCUCGCUGACAUCAAGGCGGCGGCUGGCGUCCCAAACGACCUCGACGGCGACGUGGUAACCAUGCCCAAGAAGAGAGGCAGCGAGGAGCUGCGGGUCUGGAGGGAGCUCGUCGUGUCCCCUACCCCGGCCAUUCGGCGGAUCCUGCUCGCCGCAGACGGCCUCCACUUCUUCCAGCAGGCGUCGGGCGUCGACUCCGUCGUGCUCUACAGCCCGCGCGUGUUCAAGAGCGCUGGCAUCACCGGCGACGACCAACUCCUGGGCACCACCUGCGCCGUCGGCGUCGCCAAGACGCUCUUCGUCUUGGUCGCCGCGUUCCUGCUCGACCGCGUCGGCCUCGCGACGGGGCUCGCCGCCGUGGGCCGGAGCCCGGACGCCGAGGUCCCGUGGGCCGUCAGCCUCUGCGUCGCUUCCCUCCUGGCCUACGCGGCCUUCUUCUCCGUCGGGCUCGGGCCCAUGACCGGCGUGUACACCUCGGAGAUCUUCCCGCUGCGGGUGCGCGCGCUGGGCUUCGCCGUCGGCGUGGCGUGCAACCGCGUCACCAGCGGCGUCAUCUCCAUGACCUUCCUGUCGCUCUCCGACGCCGUCACCAUCGGCGGUAGCUUCUUCCUCUACGCCGCCGUCUCGGCGCUCGCGUGGGUGUUCUUCUUCACUCACCUCCCGGAGACGCGCGGCCAGACGCUGGAGGAGAUGGGCAAGGUGUUCGGCACGAACGACACGGCCAUGGAAGCAGGGGACGCCUCCGCCGAGCCCGGCUACAGCGAAGGACUCUUGUUAACUUCUGCAUGAAACAAAUCAAAGAUGUAAUUAUCAUUAUUGUGCAUUCUUAA